AUGGUGGCCCACAAGGAGCAAAAAGAACAGUUUGUGUCGGGCCUCAAUGGCGGCAGCAUCGACGAGAUCGCCUGGUUGCUCUCGGUGAACGUGGCGGUGUACCUUGUGUGGAACUGUGUCGUCGCCAGCGGCAUGGGCCCGUCGUGGACGUUGGACUUCAUCGUCAACUGCGGCGUCAUCCUCGCCAGCAUCACGUUGUGGGCGGGGCACACGCCGACAUUGUUGGUGUCGGUGUUGUUGCCGGCGGUGAUUGCCGUGGUUAUCACCACGGUGGGGCGGAAACGGCGCCCCCACAAGCCGGCACUGGCGGCCCCUGCCACCGCCGACCUCUUGCCGAAAAAGCUGUUUAUCACCAACUACCGGUCCCACAUGUUGAUCAUCACCAACUUGGCGAUCUUGGCGGUCGACUUCCACGUGUUCCCUCGCCGGUUCGCCAAAGUGGAGACGUGGGGGACGUCGCUUAUGGACUUGGGGGUGGGGGCGUUCGUGUUUCUGAUGGGGUUGGUGAGCACCCGCAGCUUGAUCAAGACGUACCAGGGGGCCAACGGCUACGUUAGGCUUGUGUCGCGAGCAGUGGUGAAGAGUCUCCCGUUGUUGGUGCUAGGGGUGGCGCGCCUCGUGUCGGUGAAGCUGUUGGAGUACCAGGAACACGUCACCGAGUACGGCAUCCACUGGAACUUUUUCUUUACCCUUGGCUUCCUCCCGAUCGUGCUUGCCUUGCUCGACCCGAUUCUCCGCUACGUGCCCCGGUUUGUGGUGGCGUUUGCCAUUUCCUUAGGCUACGAGUACCUUCUCCACGCCACCGAUUUGCUCACAUUCAUCCUUGAUCCCAGCAACCGGUUGACCAACAUCAUCACCAUGAACAAGGAAGGGAUUUGGCUGUUCUGGGGCUACUUCGCCAUCUUCCUCUUUGGCCAACUGUUUGGCCAGUUUGUGAUGACGGGAGUGCCCACGAAACACAACUUGUUGUUUGUGUCAGCAACCCCAGCGAAGCCGUCAUGGACGUCCGUCACCACCACCAAGGGGCUCGUUAUCGCCGCUUUUGUGUAUGGGGCGAUCUUCUGGUUCGCUCACGAGUCGCCGUUGUUCUCGCCCGUGAGCCGGCGGCUCGCCAACUUCCCCUACGUGAUGUGGAUCGUCAGCUUCAGCGGGCUCGUCCUCCUUGGCUACGCCGUCGUCUACGAUCUCGGCGCCAACGCGGCGUCGCCGGUGGUCGAGGCCACCAACAACAACGGGCUUUUCGCGUUUCUCCUCGGCAACGUCCUCACCGGUGUCGUCAACAUGCUGAUGGACACGUUAGCUUGCUCUAACGCGGAGGCGGUGGCGGUGUUAGUGGGUUACUGCGCGGUGAUCUCAGCGGUGUUGGUGGCGAUGGACCGGCGCCACAUCUACAUCAAGUUGUAA